AUGAAAUUAUUCAUAUUAUUAAUAGUAUUAUCAAGUGUCUUAUGUAGAGAAUAUAGACCAAUGGCUGGAGGCAGAUUUAAGCCAGACUAAAAUGAUGAAGGACUGGGAUAGGCAAUAGCAUAUGCUAAAUAGCAUUUUUAAAGUUUAAAUGGGUUCGAUAAUAAUUAGCAUCUUGUGAUGGGACUUCUGGAUAUGAAUGGGACACAAUUACAGAUGUGGAAUAAUAGAUCGUGAAUGGAAGCAAUUAUUAUAUUUCAGCUUAGUUGAGAAAUGGGGAUAAAAUAAAAAAUGUUUAAAUUGUAGUUUAUAUGCCUGCAUCUCCACCAGACAUAAGAAUAACAUCAUGUUCAGUCUUAUGACAUAUGUA